GAGUUAAGCAGCGUGGGGGCGUGUCAGCGUUUGGGAGCGCGAAACGGGUUUUUGUUCAAGGCCGGGGUCAUGGAUUUUGCUGGGGGGUUCGUCAUCCAUCUGUCCUCUGGGGUCGCCGGAGUUACCGCUGCUUAUUGGGUUGGACCAAGGAUUAACAAGGACAGGGAAAGGUUCCCUCCAAACAACAUCCUGCUAACCCUAACAGGAGCAGGCCUGUUGUGGAUGGGCUGGACCGGAUUCAAUGGUGGAGCUCCAUAUGCAGCUAACGCCGACGCAUCCAUAGCUAUAGUAAACACUCACCUCUGUACCGCCACCAGCCUCCUCGUCUGGCUCUGCCUCGACAUGAUCGUCUUCACCAAGCCCUCUGUCAUAGGUGCUGUCCAGGGCAUGAUCACAGGACUUGUUUGCAUCACUCCCGCUGCAGGACUAGUCCAAGGGUGGGCAGCAAUGAUAAUGGGCAUCCUCUCAGGCAGCAUCCCGUGGUUCACCAUGAUGGUACUCCACAAAAAGGUCAAACUCCUGAAAAAAGUCGACGACACCCUGGCAGUCCUCCACACCCACGCGGUCGCUGGCAUCCUCGGGGGCCUGCUCACCGGCCUCUUUGCAGACCCCAAGCUCACCUCCCUCUUCUUCGGCGACAAUCCUCGCUAUAUCGGCCUCCUCUAUAGUUUGGCAGACCACAGGGCAGCAGCAGGGUUUCGACAGUUAGGGAUGCAGAUUGCUGGCAUUGCGUUUAUUAUCGCCAUCAAUGUGCCUAUAACUAGUGCGAUAUGUUUGUUUGUCAGGCUUUUCGUGCCUUUGAGGUUUAGUGACGAGAUUUUGGUUAUCGGAGACGAUGCAAUUCAUGGCGAGGAUGCGUAUGCGGUCUGGGGCGACGGGGAGACGUAUGAGAAGUCGAUACAUGGGAUGGAGAAUAUGAUGGCUCAGAACCAAGGUGAAGAGAUGGCAUAGUAAAAGUUUGAACUAAUCUGCUAGUACAGUUCUCAGUGACUUUGGUCAUUGUUAUGAU